GGUUAAUCCAUGGGGAGCCUCCCAGGUGUUUCCCUUCUGCUUCUGGUGGCGAGUGUUUCCCUCCUGUCGAGCCCCGGUGUCGACGCUGGAAAGAUCCUGGUGUUCCCAGUGGAUGGUAGUCACUGGGUCAACAUGAACCUGCUGAUCCAGAGCCUCCACGCCAGGGGCCAUGAGGUCACUGUGGUCCGCACAGCCACUAGCUGGUACGUCAAAGAAAGCGCCCCACACUACCGCUCCAUCACUGUCACCUUACCGGAAGCCAUCAGCAUAGAGGAGGAGGACUUCUUUGUAACCUUCCUGGCCAAGAUGCUGGAGAUUCAGAAAGAAGGGGCGUCUCUUUUUGGCUUUGUGAAGUUCUACUGGGAAAUGCUUCCUUCGCUGUCAAUGAUUCACCAACAAGCCAGCCUGUUGGGGGUAAAAAUAUUAGAGGACAAGACUCUAAUGCAGAGUCUUCGUGACACUCAGUUUGACGUGGUUCUUCUGGACCCGGGGUUGCCUGUAGGGGUUCUGGUGGCUCACGAACUUAAGCUGCCAACUGUUUUUAAUGUGAGAUGGAUCACCAGUGGAGAAGGCCAUUUUGUGGUGGCUCCAUCCCCAACAUCCUACGUUCCAACUUCAGGAAACGCCGUGUCGGAUAAGAUGAACUUUGGUCAACGGGUCAAGAACACGCUACGUUAUUUUUUCAACACAAUCAUUGACAAGUUUAUAGUAUGCCCUCACUAUGAUCGACUGGUCGAAAGGUACUUUGGUCCAGAUGUGAACUUCUACCACCUUCUGCAGGGAGCAGACAUCUGGCUCAUGAGGGUGGACUUUGUCUUUGAAUUCCCUAGGCCCACCAUGCCAAACAUCGUCUACAUCGGUGGGUUUCAGUGUAAGCCUUCUGAGCCUUUAUCAUCGGAGCUGGAGGAGUUUGUUCAAAGUUCAGGAGAGCACGGAGUCAUCCUGAUGUCUCUAGGCACACUCGUCAAAGGCCUACCUGUAGAAAUUACUUCUGAAAUCGCCGCAGCCUUUGCCCACCUUCCUCAAAAAGUCAUAUGGAGGCAUGUCGGGGAGCGGCCUGACAAUUUGGGCAACAACACCCUCCUGGUGAAAUGGAUGCCCCAAAACGACCUCUUGGGUCACCCAAAGAUUAAAGCCUUCGUGGCUCACGGUGGCACCAACGGGAUCUAUGAGUCCAUCUUCCAUGGAGUUCCGAUAGUAGGCAUCCCCCUUCUGUUUGACCAGUUUGAGAACUGUUUGAGAUUGGAGGCGCGAGGAGCCGCUAAGGUGAUGGAUGCGACCAAACUCACUCGUCAGAACUUCCUGGAAGCGUUACAAGAAGUUAUCCACAAUCCCUCCUACAGAAACAACAUGAAGCGACUCUCUUCUCUCCACCUGGAUAAACCGAUGCAUCCUCUGGAAACGGCCAUUUUCUGGAUUGAGUUUGUUAUAAGGCACAAAGGAGCUGCACAUUUACGCACUGAGUCUUAUAAGAUGUCCUGGUAUGCUUAUUAUUCUGUGGAUGUUGUAUGCUUUUUGACAGCAAUCUUGUUGAUGCUGACAGCCAUUGUAGUUGGAUCAAUACGAUUCCUUUGCCUUCGAUUGUGCAGGAGAAGAAAAACCAAGAAGGAGUAGUAACUGACUCCUCACCUCAGAUUAGUGCACAUUUAAAUGAACAAGUGAUCUUAAAGGAUAGGGCUGGCGUUAUUCUAUACUCUUAGCUAGGGAUGUAAUGAUACACUCAACUCACGAUUUGAUACCAUUCAUGAUUUUAAGGUCAUGUUACGAUUCUCUCAGGAUUCUUUGAACAGAAUGAGCUGCAGACAAAUGACUGAAAGAUAUUACUUUAUUUAUCAGUCAAACAAGUGAAAUUUAAAGUAGAUUACACCCUAGGCUUUUAAAAAAAUUGCAUUGCGAUUCAUUUUUGAUGUCAAUGUUCAUGAUAUGGUUGUAAUCUUUAGACAUCUAUAGCGAUACUCAACCAACUCAUGAUGCAUCGUCACAUCCCUACUAUUAGCCAUACCUGCAAAACUAAUGACAUUCCCAUCAGCCUCGGCUGUAAUUUGUGUUUAGUGCAAACAAAAUGCUAAAUUAAGAUGGUGAACAUGGUAAACAUUACUUGGUUGACAUCAGCAUGUUAGCAUUGUGAUUGUAAGCAUGUAGAAAUGUAUCUUGUACACAUUGUAUUUGACAAAUGAAAUUGAUUGAUUGAUGUUAGCAUGCUGACGUUAAAUGAACUAGUCAUCAAAGACGCACACUCGAAGAAUUCAAAUGUAACUAAGCUCAAGAUACUUGAUUUUCUUCUGGGAUAUAAGUGUAAAUGUUUUGGAGCUUCUCACCAUCAAAUCUUAAAAGUGCAGGAUGCGAAACAACCAAAACAUCUGUACGCGUUUUUACUAUUGUAUACAUCAACUGCAGAAAAGUAGGUGGAUACGUUGAUUUCUUUUCAGCGGACAACUGUACGCCUGUAUUCAACUCAGUAACAGUAAAACAGUGACACUAUUAGUUGUUUAUUCAUUUUCUUACUCAUAGCAAGCAGAUAUAAAAUAUAAUAAGAUGUAGAAAAUGCACUUAAGUGCCUUAUUUCAUGUGUGUUUGUUUUUAUAAGGAUCAACAUUUCUUAAUGAAUGCUGCAACUUUGUGUUGCGUUUUAUCACUUGAAAAAAUAAAAAAUGUACUCUGUUAUACCUAUUGAAAUUUAUACAGAAUAAAAUAAAAAGUAAGAAAAUA